AUGUCACCAUAUAGGGUGGUCUGUGGAAAAACUUGCCAUUUGCCAGUUGAGGUGGAACACAAAACUUACUGGGCAGUGAAGACCUGUAAUAUCCAUUAUGACUCAGCUAGAGAGCAGAGAAAGUUGCAAUUGCAAAAGUUGGAGGAGCUGCGUCUUAAGGCUUAUGAGAACUCCAGAAUUUAUAAGGAAAAGAUCAAGCGGUACCAUGACAAGAUGAUCUCAAGUAAAGAAUUUUACAUUGGUCAAAAGGUUCUCUUGUUCAAUUCCCACCUCAAGCUUAUGCCUGGAAAGCUCAAAUCUAGGUGGAUUAAACCUUUCACAGUCACAAGGGUGUUCCCUCAUGGUGCAGUGGAAAUCCAAAGUGACUCCACAAGCAAAGGCUUUGUGGUGAAUGAACACCGCUUGAAGCCAUUCUUGCAAAAUUUAGCCACCUUGGAAGAAGUUGAGGAGAUUGACUUGCACCUACCUACACAAAUCCUAACCAUAACCCUUGGCCUGCAAAACUCACUUCAAACGUCAAGCUAG